CCGGCGCGUCGUUUCCAUGACGGCGAGGAAGCGGCGCUGGCGGGAUGUACCGGCGGGAGAAGAGCGUCCUGCUGAAGGGCAGCAGCUCGGCCCUCUACAACAACCUGAGCGUGCUGCCCCUCCCGGCCAAGCAGCUCACCUACUUCGCCACCGUGCACGGCAGCACGGUGAACCUGGUGAGCGUCUCGGCGGACGGGCUCAGCUUCUCGCACCGCCAGCUGCAGGCCAAGGAGGGCAGCCUCGGCAUCGGCACUUCCGUCAUCACCCAGGCAACUUGGUGUGUCCUCCCUUCUCGGAUCCUCUUGGUGCUGACAUCGCAGAAAGGUAUCCAGAUGUACGAGUCAGAUGGAUCCAUUAUGGUUUAUUGGCAUGCUCUGGAUGCCACGGAGUCGUCAUCAGGACAGGCUGUGUUUGCACGUGGGAUUGCAGCCACUGGCCAGCGCUUUGUGUGUGUGGGGACAUCACAAGGGUGUGUCCUUGUCUUUGACAUCCCCUGCAAGGGCACCAACAUCACCCUGAGCGAGGUUCUGGAAGAGCAUCGUGGUGCCAUCACAGAUGUUGGUGCGGAGCUCUGUGAGCAGCCGGAAGGAAGCAUCGACCUCGUGACUGCUGAUGACUUCGGAGUGUUGUGUGCCUGGCGGUCUGGGGAAGAAUUCCGGCUGGUCUCCAAAAUCCCAGCUUCUGGGUGCACCUGCUCCUCGGUGAAGCUGUGGAAUGGGGUGGUCGUUGCUGGUUACGGCAAUGGGCAGAUCCGUCUGUAUGAAGCCGCGAGUGGCACCCUCCGAGCUGCAGUGAGUGCUCACGCACGCUGGAUCUGUGCCUUGGACCUGGCACCACUUUCGGGGAAGUUGCUGUCUGGGGCUGAGGACUCCUUUGUGGAGGUCUGGGGGCUGACUUAUGAUUCAGCCACUGAGGACAUUGAGAUCAAGCACUGCCAGACGGAGUGCGUGAUGGACACCCAGCUCUGCGGGGCCCGCUUCUGUGACCCUGCAGGCAGCACCUUCGCUGUCACCGGCUAUGACCUCAGCGAGAUAAUCCGCUAUGUCCAGCUGUAGCCCCUCCUGGGCUCCCAGGGGGCCAUUGCGGGUGCAGGAAUGGCGGCUCACACUGUACCCUCCGGGGCUACGCUUGCUCUUCUCUCAGCUGCUCUUGCAGGUCCUGCUAGGGGCUGCCCAAGUUCCUCCCUGCCCAGCGGCACCCUGGCAUCCUUGGGGAAGUGAACUGGCUGGAGGGAGCGCAAAGCUUGGCCUCACGUGGAUCCCCUGUGCAGCCAUAGCCCUGGAACAGGAGUGUGCCGCUUGCUGUUUAGUUGGAGCCCCCCCCCCAUGCUUGCUCAUUCAGAGACAGAGGUUCCAAUGUAGCUGACUGCUGUCUUUGCCAGAAGGAAUUUCAACGAAAGGGGGGAACUGGGUCUUUGUGCUGAGCUCCUGUCUUGCAAGGUAAUAUAUGUAUGUGUAUAUAUAUAUACGUUAUAAAUGGCUUUUCUGGAA